UAAAUCCAAUAUUCAAAUGGCUCAACAGCCUCCCCUCCUAGUUGGAAUAUCAGGCCCCUCUUCCUCCGGCAAAACUACUCUCUCACGCCUCCUCCGCGACAUCUUCCCUCCAUCGCAACUCGCCAUUCUCCACCUCGACGACUUCUACCUGACAGAUGCCGAGAUCCCCGUGAAAAGCGGCGUUCAAGACUGGGACUGCCUCGAAUCUUUAGACCUCCCCUUGCUGCGCUCUACGCUUGCCCAUAUCAAAGAGAAAGCCUGCAUCCCACCCGAUUUCGUCAGCAAAGAAGACCAGAAUAGUGUAGGCGAGCACAAUGUCUCGCCUACCCUGAUAUCUAGCUUGAAGGAGCGUGUACGGAAGCUUGCUGGUGAGAAGAAGUGGGAGAGGCCGAUUGUAGUUGUGGAUGGGUUCUUACUGUUCAGCGAGGAGAUGAGGGGGAUUAGGGAAGCUUUUGACGUAAGAUUAUUCUUGCGCACUAGUUAUGCGACGGCAAAGCGAAGAAGGGAAGCCAGAAAGGGGUAUGUCACGUUGGAAGGGUUCUGGGAGGAUCCCCCGGGGUAUGUGGAUCAGAUUGUUUGGCCAAACUAUGUACAAGACCACAAGUUUUUGUUCGAGGAUGGUGAUGUUGAGGGAGAGCUGGAUGUGGGUGUUUGUACAGAGUUGGGGAUUGAGGGGAUGCCUAGAGAGGCGGAGGGAGAUCUGAGCGUGGGGUUGGAAUGGGCGGCGGGUGUGUUGGAAAAGUGGAUUCAAUAG